AUGACUUGCCAAGCAAGCUUCCACAAGAUUCGCGUGAAGCCGCGGCCGUUGGGGCAGCCGGGGGGGUGGAAGGGUUUUGCAGAGAUGCUUGCCAGCUUUGUCACUUGUGUACGUUCCUUGCGUCUUACUGCAGGCUUCCUCCUCAUAUCGGAGGGCUCAGAAAGCACGGCCUUGGAAGCUGCCGGACCCAUUCAAGGACUCAGAAUCAUCAAGGCCCUAGUAGACGACCGCCAGGAAAAUUUUCAAAAAGCCAGGCGGAUUAGCCUCUUUCUUGCCUUGGGCCUCUUGGCAGGGUACGUGCCAGCCUAA